GUUAUUAAUAAUUAUUGUUCUUUUUUCACAGGCCAAAUGGAAGGCAGGUAGUGCUGGGUGUCCAUUCUCUGAGUGAACCUGAAGAGACGAAGCAGACAUUUGAUAUCAUGGAACUUUACAGUCACCCAGACUUCAAGGCGUCAAAUUAUGAUAAUGACAUUGCUUUAAUCAAGUUGGAUCGUCCAUUCAACAUCUCUGAGGCUGUUAAAGCAGUGCCAUUCCUGCAAACAGGUGGCACAAACCCCGGCAGAGAUGAAGAGGUGGACUCGGCUGGAUGGGGGUCCCAGGAUGAUCUGGGGUCCAGGCCAGACAAGCUGAAGGAGGUGGUCAUAGAGAUGGUCAGCUCAGUCCGGUGCAGACGCAGCGACUACUUUGGCAGGAAGUUCACCAACAACAUGAUGUGUGCUCAUAAAAUUUGCCCAGACCCCUGUGACCAACCUGACAAGAAGGAAGACACGUGUGAUGGUGAUUCUGGAGGUCCUCUGCUCUACAACGGUAUCGCAGUGGGCAUCACUUCCAACGGAGGAAAGAAAUGUGGCCAGAUUAAAAAGCCAGGAAUUUACACCAUCAUCUCCCUCUACACUGAGUGGAUCACCAGCACCAUGGGCCUGCAGCCCACUGAAGCAGUUGGAAGUUAAAAAAAUCCUGCUUUCACUGACGCUCUAGAGAUUGAUCUGCAAUACUGCAAACAUACAUUUAAAAAUAGAUUAUCCAUCACGUUAUAAAGGAAACAAAAAAGUACAGUUUAUCACAUUCAGAUGUCUGCCUUGAUUUCUUACUUACCGUGUAGAAUAAGUGUUUUGGAUUAACAGGCUUUAUUCUAUACUUUAUUAAGUCCUUAAAUUGAGUAUAAAUGAAAGCUGCACAAUAAAGAAAACUGAACACA